AUGUCGCAGCGCAAUAAGGUGAAAUUCGCCAGUGAACCUUCCCCAUCAUCCACCGAAUUCGCACCCAUUCACACCUCCGGUUCCGUAGCCAAAUUCCAUCCAGUCCCCCAUACCCUGAUCACACUCGCUCAACUGACCUUGUCGACACUAUGCCUUUUUUACUUUCCUCCAGCGAAACUUUUGGAUGAUCCAGUAGGCUGCUUAAACGUCACAACUACUUUAUUAAUUGUCGUACAAUUGUUUAGCGAAAUUAGUAGGUGGAUGCUAUACUUGCGAGGCGAUGGAGUUGAAACCGCUAGAAAUAUGAGGGUUAUGUCCAGAAAGUAUACCGGAGAAAAUGAUAUAUUGCACGACGGUAGCGACAGUUGUCGGAGCAUGGUUGGGGGCGACAGUCAUACCAUUGGAUUGGGACAGACCAUGGCAGGUAUGGCCAAUUUCUUGCGUGAUUGGAGGUUAUAUAGGACAUCUGAUUGGAAGCAUUAUAUCAUUACUUGUAUGUUGUUUUGGUAG